AACGGAGGGGGGAGGGGUCAGACUGGAAUUGGGCUGAAGAAGAAGAAGAAUAGUAAAGUAAAGAAGAAGAGGAGGGAACGGCGCGCGGACACGUGCAGCUCACUCUCGACCGUGGCUUCCUGGUUGUUGCUGUUUCCCCUAACACUGGAACAAACACAAAUGAACAAUCAGAAUUUGUCAGAACCACUUCACUGAAGUCUGGACCGGCUGAUCCACAACAGACUGAACUGAACCGGGACACACUUGGACAAAUGGAGACUAACAGCUGUGAGAGGACUGGUGUCUUCAGACCUGCUGUAUACUGACUCAGAUCUCGGAUCUGGUCUCAGUGGAUCUGAUUUUUAGUGGAUCCGGUCUCUAGUGGACCUGGUCUGGACUGAGGAUUCACACCCUGUGGAUCAAGACUGUCCUGGUCUGACUCGGACUGUGAGAUGCAUCUGUUGAACGGAAAAAUAGUGACAGUGAUUCUGCUGCUAGCUCUGCUGCUGGGAGUGCUGUACUGCUACAUCUUCCAGUCGUACAGAGUCGUGGGGUCCUUCGAGCAGACAGAUGUCACACAGGUGGACGGGCCUCCUCAAGCUGUCAUCAGGACUCAUGACUUCCCCCUGGUGGUUCCCAACCAUCUGCAGUACAAACAGCCGAGCAUCCUGCAGGGUCGUACUGACGUGGUGACGGUGACGCCCUGGUUGGCUCCGGUGGUCUGGGAGGGAACCUUUAAUCCGGUUCUCCUCGACAGCAUCUACAGACCGAGGAACAUCACCGUCGCAGCCACCGUGUUCGCUGUGGGAAAGUACAUCAAGUUCCUGAAGGACUUCCUGGAGACCUCAGAGCAGCACUUCUUCGUUGGGUUCAAGGUUCACGUGUACGUCUUCACCGACCGGGCGCAGGAGGUGCCCCAGGUCAAGAUGGCUGCCGGCAGACAGCUGAUGGUUCGUUCGGUGCCCAGCUCCAAGCGUUGGCAGGAGAUCUCCGCUCGCAGGAUGGAGAUGAUCCAAACGCUGAUCGAGGAGCUCCAUAACUCCACUGACUACAUCUUCUGUCUGGAUGUGGACUCCAAGUUCCAUGGCCACUGGGGGGCGGAGUCACUGGGCAGUUUGGUUGCUGUGAUACACCCAGGUUACUACAGAGAUGACCGAAGCAGGUUCCCCUACGAGCGGAGACCCACCUCCAGGGCGUACAUUGCUCCUGGGGAGGGAGACUUCUACUACUGUGGGGGGGCGUUUGGAGGCCGCCUGCAGGAAGUUCACCUGCUCGCCAAAACCUGCCGUGCCAACUUUGAGGCUGACGCCAAGGAUGGCAUCGAGGCUGCGUGGCAGGAGGAGAGUCACCUGAACAGGUACAUGUGGACCAACAAGCCCAGUAAGGUUCUGUCACCUGAGUACCUGUGGCAGGACUUCAAAUCCAGAAACCCCGAGGUUCACAUCGUCAGGUUCUCUGGAGUCAUCAAGAACUACGCUGAGAUCCGACCCAAUGUCUGAGAGACCUGGACUGAACCAGACUGAACCGGAAUCACCCGGACUAGACCACACUGGAUUGGAAGACCAGAAUCCCUUACAGUCAUGGUUUGAAAAGCCCAGCUGCGCCUCCACACACCUGUGGACCUGGUCCAUACCUGUCUCGAACACUUACCCAGGAUUUACCUCCUCACCUGACCUCUGGUCCUGGUUCUGGUUCUGGUUCUCAGUCCUCAGCUUCAUGGCUCAAACUCCAAACACCACAGGUUUAGAUUAAAGGUCCGGCCCCCUCCAAGACUCAGGACCUGCAGCUAACGUGGCUUCAGCUCUACUGCACAUGUGCAGCUGAGGCUUCUGCUCCUCCACACACAACUGUGACGCUCAGUGGCAACAAACAUUUGAACUAAAUGAAAAUGUAAAUUUUUCACAAAUAGAAACUCUGAUGUUUCAUGAGUUGA